GCUUGUCAGGGGCUUCACCGAGCGUGCUAGGGGCCAGCUCCUCCUGAAACUUGAGACAUGGUCUGAUGGUUGAAACGACAAAACACUCCACCCAAGAUCUCCAUCGAAACAAGGUGAAUGUCGGCAUCGACCUUGGAGAUCGAGGCCUGUCGCUUUUAAAAAGACUUUGUCGCCUGUCAAAAAUGUCUGCGGGUUGUCCAGCUUGCAGAGCGCAUACAUCGACCUUAAAUUUAACCAUCGAUCAUCCAACCCACUGCAUCGACCCUCUAAAUCCUUAAAUAAACUGCCUCUUGUACUGGUUUUGCAUAGAGACCCACUAGAUCUAGACAUAGAAGCUUCAAAAUCUUUCAAGAUGGCCAAUGAUAACGACAACCAGCCUUUUCUCCCCAAAUACAGGGACACGGACGACGAGGCCAACCGCACCAACAGCGAAGACUCUUCGCGCCUGCAGUUCCCAUCAGAAAAGAGUCCAUCGAGGCGGCGGUGGAACUGCCUGUCUCCAUACAUCUCUCACACCCUCGUGUUUAUCCUCACCUCGCUGCUAUGGAUCUUUUUGAUCCCUAACCCGCGGCUAGCGAGAGCGGCACAGCAAUGCUCUGCCUCGCAAACCUCGCCCUCGGCAUCAAUGCCGACGUCAACACCCACAAUGGUCGGCAUGCCCAAGCACUCGCCCGUCAUGGCCACGCACAACCACGGCGGCGCACACUCCCUUGCAGACCAGCUGGCGGCCCCUCUACCGGGCGGCAGCCGCGGGGUGGCGCACAACAUCACCUCGGACGCGACGCUGAUCAAGUGCGGCGGGUCGACCGAGGAGGCCAAGGCCAACGGGUGCCACUACGACAUACUGCUCAACCACUGGGUGCCGGAGCAGUGCCGCGACCAGGAGUGGGUGGACGAGUACAAGGAGGACGAGACAUGGACGGGCUUCGCCGACGAGGCCCGCACGGAGCGCAUCCAGGGCAUCGACGCCAUGAGCAACCGCGACCACUACUUCACCAGCACGCGCGACCACGUCAACCACUGCGUGCAGCUGUGGAAGAAGCAGUUCCUGAUGCUGUACGAGGAGCGCAACAUCGACACCAUCAGCGCCAGCUGGGGCCACACGGAGCACUGCUCGCAGUUCCUGCUCGACGUGACGGACAAGUUCCAGGACUUUUACGACGAGCCGAUCCUGGUCCAGGUCGGUUGGGCUGGGUGCUACGUCAGAGAUAAUCACACGCAUGCUGGCAUGUGAGAGGAGGGGUUUGGGUACAUAAUGAGAUGGCUGGUACCAACUGAUGAUUUGCUCUUUUUUUCCCUCUUUUGUCUGGUGUAAGUGCGUUAGGAGUUUCAAGUUGACAAAUUAGCGUAUUGAUGGGUUUUUCUUUUUUUUUUGCUUCUUUUUCUUAUGUCAUUAGUUGCUUUGUUGUUCUCGUUUCUUUUUUGGCAUCUUUCUAGUGCCUGACGUUGGCACGGAAAGAAAAUUAAAGACGAGAAUCAGAUGCAAAAUAAAAAGAAAAUGUUUUAUACGAGUUCAAAC